AUGGUUCUGCUGGUUCUGCUUUCUGCUGGGUUUUCUCUUGCACCUGUGGUGGCCCUUCAAGGCGGUGCUGUUGCACCAGGCUCAGCAGUUUCAUGGGAAGGCUUGGGACUACCUUCCCUGGGCUAUCCUCUUUUCUUCCCUCUUGCGCUUCAUGGUGGACUCUUUGGAUUUGCCUUUGUGGGUUCCAGUCUGUUUUGGGUUGCUGCUGUUCCGGAACUGAACAGUCUUCCCUAUUUUGUUAUCAUUGCAUUUCAGGAAAAUGGUUCUUUCAUUCAAUGUGGUUCAUACAUCAAUGUAUACAUCUGUCUUCGGUAUUGUCCUCUGUGGUUGACUGUGAUUGCUCUAUGGAUUAUGGUUCUGCUGGUUCUGCUUUCUGCUGGGUUUUCUCUUGCACCUGUGGUGGCCCUUCAAGGCGGUGCUGUUGCACCAGGCUCAGCAGUUUCAUGGGAAGGCUUGGGACUACCUUCCCUGGGCUAUCCUCUUUUCUUCCCUCUUGCGCUUCAUGGUGGACUCUUUGGAUUUGCCUGUUUGUUACCAUUUGCCUGUUCAUGUGUUGCUUUAUAG